CGCCGCGCCCCGGGGAAGUAUCGCGAGAGGAGGGAGGCCGCGGGCGGAGGCGUGGGGUUCGCGUCUCCAUGGUGACGGGGUCGCGGCGGGCCAGGGGUGCUGAGUGCGUGGAGCCGGGCGCGCCGCCUCCCGGGCGAGUGAAGAGAGUCCCGCGCAUUUCACGCUUUCGCUGAAGUGGAGACAUGAGACUGAAAAUCUCCCUUUUAAAGGAACCGAAGCAUGAAGAAUUAGUGAGCUGCGUGGGCUGGACCACGGCGGAGGAGCUGUACUCGUGCAGUGACGACCACCAGAUCAUCAGGUGGAACCUGCUGACCGGUGAGACGAGCCAGCUCGUGCGGCUUCCCGAGGAGACCUUCCCGCUCGACCUGCACUGGUUCCCCAAGAGCCUGGGCACCAGGAAGCAGGCGCAGGCAGAGAGCUUCGUCCUCACCAGUUCGGAUGGUAAAUUCCAUCUGAUUUCCAAGCUGGGGAGAGUGGAGAAGAGUGUGGACGCCCACUGCGGGGCCGUGCUCGCCGGCAAGUGGAACCACGAAGGCACCGCGCUGGCCACGGUUGGAGAAGAUGGACAAAUCAAGAUUUGGUCAAAGACUGGCAUGCUAAGAUCAACGUUAGCUCAGCAAGGCUCACCGGUGUACUCAGUCGCCUGGGGCCCUGACUCCGAGAAAGUGCUCUACACCGCGGGCAAGCAACUGGUCAUCAAGCCUCUCCAGCCCAACGCCAAGGUUUUACAGUGGAAGGCUCACGAUGGCAUCAUCCUGAAGGUAGACUGGAAUUCCGUCAACGACCUCAUCCUGUCUGCUGGGGAAGACUGUAGAUACAGGGUCUGGGACAGCUACGGCCGCCCGCUGUACAGUUCCCCGCCUCAUGAGCACCCGAUCACCUCGGUGGCCUGGGCUCCGGAUGGAGAGUUAUUCGCCGUUGGAGCGUUUCACACUUUGCGCCUGUGUGACAAGACGGGGUGGUCCUACGCGCUGGAGAAGCCCAGCACCGGCAGCAUCUUCAACCUGGCCUGGUCGGCAGACGGCACACAGGUGGCCGGCGCCUGUGGGAACGGACACGUGGUCUUUGCCCACGUGGUGGAGCAGCGCUGGGAGUGGAGGAGCUUCCAGGUGACGCUGACCAAGAGAAGGACCAUGCAGGUCCGCAACGUGCUCAACGACGCGGUGGACGUGCUGGAGUUCCGGGACCGGGUGAUGAAGGCCUCGCUGGACCACGCGCACCUGGUGGUCGCCACGUCGCUGCAGUGCUACGUGUUCUCUACGAAGAACUGGAACACACCACUUAUAUUUGAUCUCAAGGAAGGAACCGUCAGCCUGAUUCUGCAGGCCGAAAGGCAUUUUCUUCUUGUAGACGGUGGUGGUAUCUACUUAUAUUCUUACGAAGGGCGCUUCAUUUCUUCUCCCAAAUUUCCUGGAAUGAGAACAGAUAUACUGAAUGCACAGACGGUGUCUCUUAGUAAUGACACCAUUGCAAUAAGAGAUAAAACUGAUGAAAAAGUGAUCUACCUCUUCGAGACGUCCACGGGGAAGGCCCUGGGUGACGGGAAGCUCCUCUCGCAUAAGAGUGAGAUUUUGGAAAUUGCUCUGGAUCAAAAAGGACUUACCAAUGACAGAAAAAUAGCUUUCAUUGACAAAAAUAGAGACCUCUAUAUCACCUCAGUAAAACGAUUUGGAAAGGAAGAGCAAAUUAUCAAACUUGGAACUAUGGUGCAUACUUUGGCGUGGAGCGACACGUGUAAUAUCCUCUGUGGGCUUCAGGACACGCGGCUGACCAUGUGGUACUACCCCAACACCGUUUACGUGGACAAAGACCUUCUGCCUAAGACUCUGUAUGAAAGGGACGCCAGUGAGUUCAGUAAGAACCCGCACAUCGUGAGCUUCACCGGGAACCAGGUGACCAUCCGCAGGGCCGACGGCUCCCUGGUCCACGUCAGCAUCCCCCCGUACCCCGCCAUCCUGCACGAGUACGUCAGCGGCUCCAAGUGGGAGGACGCCGUGAGGCUCUGCCGCUUUGUUAAGGAGCAGACCAUGUGGGCUUGCCUCGCCGCCAUGGCCGUCGCGAAUCGAGACAUGAGCACGGCAGAAAUAGCCUACGCAGCGAUCGGUGAAAUCGAUAAGGUCCAGUACAUCAACUCCAUCAGAGCUCUGCCCUCGCCCGAGUCCAGGGCGGCGCACACCCUGCUGUUCAGCGGCAAGGUGCAGGAGGCCGAGACGGUGCUGCUGCAGGCCGGCCUGGUGUACCAGGCCAUCCAGGUCAACAUCAGCCUCUACAACUGGGACAGGGCCCUGGAACUGGCCGUGAAGUACAAGACGCACGUCGACACGGUCCUCGCGUACCGCCAGAAGUUUCUGGAGACAUUUGGGAAACAGGAAACCAAUAAGCGAUACCUGCAGUAUGCAGAAGGGCUUCAGAUCGACUGGGACAAAAUCCGAGCCAAGAUUGAGCUGGAGCUGACGAAGGAGCGGGAGCGCGCGGCCGGCGGCCAGGCCAGGGGUGCGGGCCUAGCGCUCUGACGGGCAGGCCCUUCCGCAGGUCACGCUCGGUCUCCCGGGAGGGUCGGGCACCCGCGGGCCCAGCUCCCUCUCUGCUUCCCCAAGAUUCGGUGUUUUUCUAGCCCCCGACGACAGAGUGUCCCCUGGCAUUUGUGACCUAUCUAUAUCCCGCCCCGUCCCCCGAGCCUCAGCACGAGCGACUCGCGCGUGGACGCCAGCGUCGAGUCCGGCCACCUCUCCGGGAGUGACCCCGUGACCCCCUUGGCGUCAGCUCGAGGGCUUUCCCGAGCCACCGUGGCCAGCAGGGGCCACACCAGGGGCGGGGCGGGCGCCCACCAGGAGGGCCCCAGCUGCCCCUCAGAGCUGUGCCAGGGGCCUGCGCUGAGGGGCCUGAGCCCGGGGUGCCAGGCGGGCAGGCGGGCGCAAGCGUGGGCCGGGUGGCAGUGGACGUUCUGCUACGUCUGUUCUCCCCGAGUUCAGCAAAGACCGGGCAGAGGAUGGUCUCCGCCCGCCUCCGGCACUGAAGGACCUACGGGCACCCCCGAGGGCUUGGCGUGGGCAGGCUCCUCGCGGGCGACGCCUGGGCCCCGUGAGGCCCGGUGCCCUCCUUAGCACACAGCCUCCCUCCACUCGAGCACUUGGGACUGUGCUUGGGGCUCGGUGCUCGGGGCGGGUGUGCCUGGCUGGGGGCAGCGUCUCCCCCCCGCCCCCGCCCGGGCCCUGGGAGAGCGCGUGGGUCCCUGCGCCCGUCCUGUCUUUCCGGGAAUGUUUCCUGGACUCCCUCCAGGUGCUGGGACAGGGUUCUGCUGAGUCGCCCGUAUCUGAUGGCAUUGUCGUCUUUCUAAGUUUAAACGUAUUUUCUGUAUCAUAAUUCAAUAAAAAGCUCAGAAAUAAAAAUA